CGUUGUCACAAAGAGAGAGAUAAACCGGAGAGAAAUAUCUAAAGAUCGUUCAAGUUUCUCAUAAAAAUAAAUCCAGGUUUGCAUCAGUAGCACCAUGUCUGGACCAGGAUCCCCCACGCAGUCCCCAUCCUCAGCUGUCUCCAUAAUUUCAGCUGCAGAUAAAAAAUCAAGAGCUGAGAGCACAUCACGACAGUCUGGCCGAGUCACCUUCCCGCAUUCAAUCAAAUCAGCCUCGGAGCAAUCCAUCAUUUCAGACAAUGAAGAUCUUCCACCUGACCACAACCCUUUCACGAUGCCGGCCGAUAAUGACAUUUUCAUGUUACGAGACAAGGAGAGGCAGCGUAAAAAAGCUGAACGAGUCAAGCAGCGAGGUCUGAAAGUCCACGAGAAGACGACCUAUUCAUCAAGGGUUAACGCCCUGAGGUCGUCGAUGCGGAAGCCUCUCGCUGACAUUGAAGCUGAUGAGGAGAAAUCCGAUGAUGCUGACGACAAAGCUGUGGCCGUCAAGGAUGACCCAACCUUUACUCUGGCUGUCACCAGAGAUCGGCACAUUGAGAAAGAGAGCCUGACCGACUACAUCGCAAAGAAACGGGAGAUGUUCCUGGUGCAGUACUCCCUGGGAGUCAAGCGGGAUGAGAUGAGGAAACUUGAGGAGAUUGCUCAGGCCGAGGAAAGGAAACUGGAGCUAGCUGAGCAGUACUUGGAGGAGGAUGCAGCCAUGUUUGACGAAUUCCUCAAAGAGAACGAUAAGAACUCGGUGGAGGCCAUUAAAAUAGCUGAAGCGGAGACCAAAGCCAAAUUGGAGAAAGUUGCUGAGAUUAAAAAGAUCAACGCCCAGAUAAUGCUGAUCAGGAGUGAGAUCUCAAAGAACGAGGACCUCCUAAAGGAAUACCAGCUGUAUAAGAAGUUUCUGGAUUCCUUGACUCCGGCCGAGUGGAAGGAAGAACGACGAAAGAGGAGGAUGGAGAAGAGGCGAGAGAGGCGGAGAGAGAGAGGCGAGGUCAUCGACAAUGAGAAGGUCACAUCUGCAACCAGACGAAAGGUUGGAACACCAAAUACUGAUGGUAGAGGUUCCCGUACCAGCGUGGUUAGGUCCGCCGCUAAGCAGGCCCCUAGCAGCAAGUCAGGCUCGGCAACCAAGAGAUCUCUGGCCCAGACUCCAACCAAACAAGAAGUAGACAGCGUGAAAUCGGGAGAUGCUGAUUCUGACUAUGAGAGUGAUGAGGAGCCUGAACUGUUCUUCACGGAUCCUCAGCAGCUUCUUGACAUCUUUGCGGAGCUGGAAGAGCAGAAUCUCUCCUUGAUUCAGAACAGCCAAGAAACGGAGGAAACUCUGGAGGAAAUAAGACAGAAUAUCAAUGUGACAGAGGGCAAGAUGAACAUGGAGACUCAGACCUUGACGCAACAGAUUGAUACAUUGACUGGCCAGAUUGAAAGAGAGGAAGAGAAAGCCAAGGAUUUGGAACACAAAUCAAAAGGGUUCCAGUCUGCUGUUGGAUGGAUGUUUUCCUUUGGAGAGUUCAAGGCUGAGGACCAGGAAGCAAUGUUGGACACUCUGAACAGCAAGGUUGAAGAUGUGUAUGGAAACUGCAUUGGGGAUAAUGAGGCAAAUAUAAGCACCCUUCAGAUGUUAACCAACAUUGAGAAUCGUCUGGAGGAGUUGUUUGAAAGUAUUGAAACGAUGCCCCCAGAGAAAGUGGAGGCUGCAGAGAAGGCCAAGGAGAAAGAGCGCCGUCUCCGCCAGCGAGAAGAAAAGAUUGAAGCCCAGCGAAUUCACCAGGAGGAGAGAGUCAGGCGAGCCUUGGAGAGAGCUCAGGCAGACCCCAAGAAAAAGACGGGUCGCAAGUUGGUGUUCCGCUCUGAGCCACCUCAGACAAAACGUAAAGUGGAUAUGUCCAAGCAGAAGGCCGACAAAGAAGAAGAAGAAAUGGCGUACUUCUUCACUUAGACGAGCUACACCUGGUCUCUACGGAGUCGUUACCAGAAUCCUGUCUGAUUUAACCAUAUUUGUGAUGGGCUAUGAGAAAUUGAAUCACAGGGGGGCAAUUAACUGUUUAAGAUUUAUACAUUGCUGAAAAUAGCAUACACAAGCUUCAUUUUGACAUAUCUUUCACACUGACUUUUGGUUCUGAAGUUAUGACCUUUUGAAAAAUAAAUGAUGUCAUACGCUGAAAAUAACCUGGAAUGCAGAAACAGCCAAAAAUAUCAAGUAUUGUAAAGGAAACAUAUUAAAAAAGGUUCUGAACCAAAAACCCUGGUUUUGUUAAUCAUUAUGGAAAAAAAAAAAGUUUUGAUUUGAGAAAUGUGAAAAAAUAGACCAUUAAGAUGCAAGAAUGUGUGCAAAGUUUUGUUUCACCCUCCCACACAGUCAACAGUCCUGUAGCUAAAGUGGACUGUGCUACAAUCGACUCAUUUUCAUAGAGCCCGUCACAACGGUAUAGAUAUGAUGUCAUUGGUCUGGAGUGCCCUAUCCGGUAUCCCGCAUGUCAUUGCUGUCGAUUUCAAUUAGUUUAUUAUCGAUCUAGACUUUCUCUAAGAUGGUAUCGUGAUGACAUCACAUCUGUGGUAUGACAUCAAUGCAUCAUGUCUAUUAUUAUGUAAAUAUGCAUGAGGUCUUUUAUUAUUAUGUAAAUAUCCGAGCCACACUACCCCGGUGCUGUUUAAUUUGUAGUAUACAUAGUGAACUUGAAGACUUAUCUUGAUAAUAGAUAACGCACUAGUUGUUUUUGGAAGGGUAAGUAAUUAUUUGUUCCUCUUAAAGGUAGGGUCAUAGAUUGUUUUUUUGUCAAGGUAUUAUUUGGUUCUCUCGACUGAAAACAGUGUCUACGUGUUGACCUUCCCUUUCAUAAGCGCAAAUCUCUGGAAAAAAAACAGACUUCACUGUUUUUCAUUAAACCUAGUGUGAAGGUGGCCCCCUAAAAAUUAAUUUUAAUUAUUUGUGAUUUUUUAAAAUUGAAAUUAAAUAUAAUAACAAAUUACUAUUUUAUUUUGAAGAAUUUUGUGUAAAUAUAUUUUCCUGACAAAACUCCAUACAUUUUGUAACAUACCACAUGACCCGCUCAGUUUCCGUCCUGUUUAAAAGUGCCUCUCGAUUUAAUUUAUUAAAAUGAUUAUGAUUUUGAUACAUAUCA